AUGAAUCAUAUAUUUCGUCGUCUUGAAAUGCCUGGUCCAUCACCUAUUUCAUUUCUUGGCCAGAUUUAUAACAUUAUACGUAAGGGCGUGAAUAAUAACGACAUAGAUCUUGUUCAUAAAUACGGCAAAAUCAUCGGAGGUUUCGGAGGAAAAGCUCCAAAUAUUCUUCUCUCUGAUCCCGAUCUUCUUCGAAAUGUUCUCAUCAAAGAUUCAAAUGUAUUUAUCAAUCGACGAGUUGUCGAAGGUAUAUCAGGUCCUUUGGAACAUGGUCUUACAAGACUGAAGGAUGAACAGUGGAAAAAUGCUCGAUCUAUUGUUUCACCAACAUUCUCUACAGCAAAACUCAAAGCAAUGUAUGGUCUUAUGAAUCAAGUUAGUGAUAUGUAUAAUAAACGUCUUCUUGAAUAUGCUGAUAAACAAGAAAUAUUUGAUAUCAAAGUGCUGAAUGGUCAAUAUACUCUUGAUAAUAUUGCUUCUUGUCUAUUUGGAAUUGAAACAAAUUCUUUGCAGAAUGAAAAUGUUACUUUGAUUAAUCAUCUGAAAAAAUUUUUCAAUCUAAGUCUCUCAAAUAUAUUUCUCCUUAUAUUUUUAAUGUCACCGCGAUUGGCCAGUUAUUUGGGAAAAAGAGGUUAUUCACUAUUCCCCAAGGACGCUUCUGAUUAUAUAACUAAUAUUCUCAAUCAAAUAUUAGCACGUCGUCGACAACAUUUAGAAAGACGAAAUGAUUUUAUUCAAAUGAUGGUCGAUCAUGAAGAAGAAGAAACAAAUCAACAAACAGAUAAAAAAGAACAACAACAAUGGGGAACACUUAAAAAAACUUUGAAUGAUAAAGAAAUACUUGGCCAAGCGAUGGUCUUUUUAGUUGCUGGUUAUGAAACAACAAGUGUAUUGAUGUCAUUCUUUUUCUAUGUCAUGGCAACAGAGCCAGUCAUUCAAGAAAAAGUUUAUGAGGAAAUUCGACAAGAACUUGGAGAUGACGAAGUUACUCAUGAAAAACUCAAUCAACUUCCAUAUUUGGAUAUGGUUAUUAGUGAAACACUUCGAAAGUACCCACCAUUUAUUAGAUUUGAUCGUGUUGCAUCAUGUGAUUAUCAACUUGGUAAUUAUCAUAUACCAAAAGGUUCUAUUAUUAAUGUACCUGUUUAUCCCAUUCAUCAUGAUCCUAAUGUUUGGUCUGAUCCAGAAAAAUUCAUACCUGAAAGGUUUUUACCAGCGGAGAAAGCUAAACGUCAUCCGAUGACAUAUCUUCCUUUUGGUGAUGGACCUCGUAAUUGUAUUGGAAUGCGAUUUGCAUUAUCAGAAGCUAAACUUGGAAUUGCGAAAGCACUUCGUCUCGUAGAAUUUCAAAAAUGUGAAAAAACAGAAGUUCCACUUCAGUUGGGAAAGCUAGCAAUCCUCAAUAGCAAAAAUGGUAUUUGGCUACGUGUUGUUCCUCGAUCACAAUAA